AAUAGAGAGAUAUUGUGACCUUUCGACAAGGAAGCGCUCGACAUUCGAACUCUGUGAAAAGUCUGUUCCUGGGUGUAUCGAUUGGGGCUGUUCCACGUACGUCAUUGACAAUAGUGAGAUGUAUCAACGACCGCAACCCAUAACAAUAAGUAUGCACGGAAAUGCAAUUUCUAGCCCUCCUCACCACGGAAAAGUGCACCCUCAAACUUCCCCUCAUCCAAUCUUGGCAACUCCACACUCACACUCAUGAUCCCAACCCAUCCAUGCUCACCUUGUUUUCUUACCCCACGGGGAAACCAGUGGAGCAAACGAACCCCGAGCUUCCAACGGCCGAAGAUCUUAGCCAUUCACGUAGGAGGAUGUUUUCCAUCGUCAUUCUGUAAGAUAAAAGGCCGCAAAGCCCCCGUGUUGAGAAGAGGGGGACAGAGACUUUCGCAGUAUCUACU